AUGCCCUCUUACUUCUAUCAUCUCUGUUUUGAAAUUCAAUCAGAAAAACUGUCGUCGAGCGCUUCAUCACUGGCAGUCGAAUCCGCCUCUGAAGCGCUCCAACCAUUCCAACACUCCCCGGGCGCAACAGCAACAGCAACAGCAACGAAUACAAUUGACUCCUCGAACUCAAGAGCCCACGAUCCCAAAGAAUUAACUCUCACCUAUCGACCGCGACAUACCGUUUCCUUUUCAGAUAGCAUCUCACCCUCCACAUCACCGAAUUCCUCCCUAUCCACCACCACCCCGCACCACAGCCCCCUCCAAUCCGACCCUCGUACUGGCCCAAUCUCAAUUCAGUGUAUUGAUAUGGUCGCGCCCGAAACCAGCUCGCAUCGCGCUCGGCGCCCUACAGCUGACGAUAAUCUCGUCUCCGCGGGCAUCGGCACGGAUAUCCUUGGCGGUCCACGCACAAAGGGUCGCUAUGUCCCUCUUGACCAGGAAAUCGGAGACAGCGUGAUCGGGAUUGUGCAUUUAUACCGUGAUUCUCAAGAGACGCCGUUCCUCACUAGCAACGAUGACGAUUCAUACCUGAAGGGCUCUGCUGCCGCGGCGAGACAACCCGGUGAUUCGACACUCGCAAGGAAUACCAAGCAUGUUCGUGGGAAGAACUCGACAGAUCUCAAGUCUUAUCCGUUCCCUAUUACUGCGUCUUCUUCUGGAUCCAUGCCUUCGCAGGGUCUGGAUGAAUGCACCACACUUUGUAUCCUGGCCGUGCCCUCCUAUCUUUCGCCGUCGGAUUUCCUAGGAUUUGUGGGAGAGAAAACACUGGACGAUGUGAGCCAUUUCCGAAUGAUUCGAACGCCUCGCGCAAAUAGGUAUAUGGUUUUGAUGAAGUUCCGAAAUGGGCGGAAAGCGACUGAAUGGCAGAAGGAGUGGAAUGGGAAGGUAUUCAACAGCAUGGAACCAGAGACAUGUCACGUUGUAUUUGUGAAAUCAGUCGAAAUCCAAGUUGUGGAACCAGGUUCACCUACAAGUUUCUCUCCAACUGAAGCUGGUCCGCUCUCUCCUGGCCAACCGACUCUCUCUACAAAACCACUUGCACCACCAACUCCCGCACUGAUAGAACUGCCCACCUGUCCAGUCUGUCUAGAGCGAAUGGACGAGACGACGGGCCUAUUGACUAUAAUCUGCCAACACGUCUUCCAUUGCACAUGUCUUCAGAAAUGGAAAGGCAGCGGAUGUCCAGUGUGUCGCUAUACACAAGAUGAUUUCCGACGCGGUAGCAUCAUCCCAGACCCGGAUAAAGAACCAGCCGAAUGUAGUGUUUGUCACACCGAAGAGAAUCUCUGGGCCUGUCUAAUCUGCGGAGAAGUCGGCUGCGGUCGAUACGAUGGCGCACACGCAUUCGAGCACUGGAAACAAAGCGCGCAUGCGUUCGCAAUGGAUCUAACCUCACAACGAGUAUGGGACUACGUGGGCGAUGCGUACGUGCACCGAAUAAUCCAAAGUAAAACCGACGGCAAGCUCGUUGAACUGCCCGCCGCAGAUAACAGCGCCCUCGAUCCCGAUUGGGCGGAUGCAGUUCCACGCGAGAAGCUCGAAAACAUGAGUGUGGAGUAUACGCAUUUACUCACCAGCCAACUCGAAAGCCAACGUGCCUACUUCGAAGAGGUAGUUGAGCGGGCCGCAGACAAAGCCUCACAAGCUAGCGCUGCAGCAUCUGCAGCAGAAACAGCCGUCAAGAGCGUCAUGAAGCAACUCGCAGAGUUACAGACAUCUCAUGAAUCUCUACGCAGUGAGACAAUACCAGGCCUAGAGCGAGAGAAUACAAGAAUAUCAAAACGGGCAGAGAAAUUCGAGGCGCUAGCACGGAAGAUGGAGAAAGAUUACAGGGAAGAGAAAAUAAUGAACCAGUCAUUAUUGGAACGAUUGGAUAUUAUAUCCAAGGAGAAUGAGUCGCUGAAAGGGGAGAAUGUGGAUUUGCAGGAGCAGAAUCGUGAUUUAACAUUUUUUAUUAGUGGCUCACAGCGGUUACAGGGACAAGAUGAGGAUAUUGUACAAGGGACUCUUAGUGUUCCUGAACCGGAGGCUGCGAAGAAGAAGAAGAAUAAGGGGAAAGGGAAAGGGAAGAGUUAG